AUGCCCCUUUUCUCUAUUAAUGCUUGUGGGGGCUGUGGAGUCAUUGCUGCUUAUAGGGGCUGUGGUACCACUGGAACUUGUGGUGGUCAUGGUGUCAUUGCUGCUUACAGGGGCUGUGGUACCACUGCAACUUGUGGUGGUCAUGGAGUCAUUGCUGCUUAUAGGGGCUGUGGUACCACUGCAACUUGUGGUGGUCAUGGAGUUAUUGCUGCUUAUAGGGGCUGUGGUACCACUGCAACUUGUGGUGGUCAUGGUGUCAUUGCUGAUUAUAGGGGCUGUGGUACCACUGCAACUUGUGGUGGUCAUGGUGUCAUUGCUGAUUAUAGGGGCUGUGGUACCACUGCAACUUGUGGUGGUCAUGGUGUCAUUGCUGCUUAUAGGGGCUGUGGUACCACUGCAACUUGUGGUGGUCAUGGUGUCAUUGCUGCUUAUAGGGGCUGUGGUACCACUGCAACUUGUGGUGGUCAUGGUGUCAUUGCUGUUUAUAGGGGCUGUGGUACCACUGCAACUUGUGAUGGUCAUGGUGUCAUUGCUGCUUAUAGGGGCUGUGGUACCACUGCAACUUGUGGUGGUCAUGGUGUCAUUGCUGCUUAUAGGGGCUGUGGUACCACUGCAACUUGUGGUGGUCAUAGUGCCAUUGCUGCUUAUAGGGGCUGUGGUACCACUGCAACUUGUGGUGGUCAUGGUUUCAUUGCUGCUUAUAGGGGCUGUGGUACCACUGCAACUUGUGGUGGUCAUGGUGUCAUUGCUGCUUAUAGGGGCUGUGGUACCACUGCAACUUGUGGUGGUCAUGGUGUCAUUGCUGCUUAUAGGGGCUGUGGUACCACUGCAACUUGUGGUGGUCAUGGUGUCAUUGCUGCUUAUAGGGGCUGUGGUACCACUGCAACUUGUGGUGGUCAUGGUGUCAUUGCUGCUUAUAGGGGCUGUGGUACCACUGCAACUUGUAGUGGUCAUGGUGUCAUUGCUGCUUAUAGGGGCUGUGGUACCACUGCAACUUGUGGUGGUCAUAGUGUCAUUGCUGCUUAUAGGGGCUGUGGUACCACUGCAACUUGUGGUGGUCAUGGAGUCAUUGCUGCUUAUAGGGGCUGUGGUACCACUGCAACUUGUGGUGGUCAUGGAGUCAUUGCUGCUUAUAGGGGCUGUGGUACCACUGCAACUUGUGGUGGUCAUGGUGUCAUUGCUGCUUAUAGGGGCUGUGGUACCACUGCAACUUGUGGUGGUCAUGGUGUCAUUGCUGCUUAUAGGGGCUGUGGUACCACUGCAACUUGUGGUGGUCAUGGUGCCAUUGCUGCUUAUAGGGGCUGUGGUACCACUGCAACUUGUAAUGGUCAUGGUGUCAUUGCUGCUUUGUGA